AUGUCUUCAAGUCCAGAACCCCAUCAUCAUCAGCAGCAACAAGAACAAGAAGAACAGCAGCGUGAUCUUAUCGAGCUCCCCAUCACCAUUAGUUCAUCACCACCUACCUUGGAUUUACUCGUCCUUGAAGAGAAAGCCGAAGCCCUCAGAACCGAUUUGCUCUUGAGUUUGGAAGAAAUGACCAACCAAAUGCGUGAAGCAUUUAAUGAAGCAACCAAGGCCUUGUUUGAUACAGCAUCCGAAUGGGAGCAGCAAGCCAUUGACACGUUGAAAGCUGAUAUUCGAGGAAUCAAGGAAUUGGAGCAUGAACACAAGAUGCGUCAAGAACAACUAGCUCGGUUCGUGAGUGCCACGUCUACUAGCUUUGCAGACAUUUUCAAGUAUGAAUCCUCAAAAAUCCAAUCCCCUUCUCCAUCACCAGAUAGCGUGUGA